UAGCAUAUGAGGAGGACACGCUGGAGCUUCUGCACGAGGGCCCUGUGUCGACCGUCUCGAGAGCCCUGGCCAAGGGAGAACGCGGACAACCAACUUGGGUUGUCAUCAAGUCUGCAGCUUCCAGACGAGAACUCUCACAUGCCCCACACGAUAUUGUUAAAGAACUCCGCGUUCUCACCCGCACGUUCCAUCCCAAUGUCCGUGCAGUUCCUCACUCGAAACGCGUUCGCGAGCGGUAAUGCCGUGUUGCUCGCGUAGAUCAUUAACAUCCUGGGGCAUUCGAGCGACAGAAAGCUUUCCACGAUACAGUUCUCGAUGCCAUACAUUCCGUAUCACUUGACGGACCUCUUCUCCUCCCCCUCCUUCUCUCCGCACACCUUCAUGUCCGCUAUGGACUCUGAGGCCCCAAGCGGACCUACGAACUCUCGGUUUACUACACUCGCAAUGUCACUUGCGUAUCAAAUCCUCUCUGGCGUAGCGUACCUCCACUCGCGGCAUAUUGCACACCGGGAUUUGAAACCCAGCAACGUCCUUUUAACUGAGGAGGGCUGUGUGAAGCUGAUAGACUUCGGUAUUGCAUACCCAGAGGAAGAAGCUGGAGAUGGAGAGAUUAAAAGGCAGGAUCUGUGGCCUGAGCAUCCCGAUCGGAUGUAUUUCGAAGUGGGUACCGGGCCAUAUCGCGCUCCGGAGCUCCUCUUCGGAACGACCUCCUACCUCGCGCGCGCCGUCGACUCGUGGUCGCUAGGUGUCCUCCUCGCUGAAUUCUUUACGGCCCUCCGCCUCACCUCCGAAGACGACAAUGAGCUCCCUCCCGAACCGCAUAGCCCCGGUGCUAAGCCCUUCGUUCUCCCGGAAGGCGGGAGCUUUGCGGACCCGCACGCGGUAUGGAAAAGGGACAGCCUCUUCGACGCGUCGCGGGGAGAAAUCGGGCUAGCGUGGAGUAUCUUCUGCGUGAGGGGCACGCCCACGGAGGAGACAUGGCCUGGAUUUACCUCUCUACCGGACGCCUCCCGCGUAACCUUCACGCAAACCCCGCGUGUACCUCUGUCUCCCCUACUCCCGAAUCUCCCGACACCCUCCACAACACCUCUGGAUAUGAUCGAGAAGUUCCUCCAGUAUCCCCCGGACAAACGGCUUAGUCCAGCUGACGCGCUCAAGCAUGACUGGUUCAAAGCUGCUCACGCGGAAACAGUGCUCCUCCCACCUGGUUAUGCUGACUCCGCGAGAGACAAGAUUGCGGCCACCGUCGCGGGCGAGUGGGAGGGGCAAUCGCUGGGACAGUUGAUGCGGUCGUACGUCCGGCCACACUUGGCCCAACUAAGCCACUGCUAG